AUGUCUGUCACACUCCAUACUACCCAGGGAGACCUAAAGGUCGAGCUUUUCUGUGAAGCUGUGCCCAAAACAGCAGAAAACUUUAUCGCUCUCUGCGCAACCGGCGCAUACAACAACACGCCAUUCCACCGUCUAAUGCCCGGCUUCAUGAUUCAAGGCGGCGACAUUUCCCUUGGACCAGCAGCAAGCUCAUCAACUGGGAGCACGAAACCGAUGCUUCCCUUCGAUGAUAUUCCCAAAGGCGGUACCUCAAUCUACCACCCCUCGGCACUAAACCAAGAAAUCCACCUCCCAGCCCUCCGGCAUAAUACGCGCGGAAUCCUCUCUAUGGCGUCUAGGCCGGUCAAAAACCAGACUACACCCGGGUCCCAGGGAGCUACAGGUUCUACAAUCAACGGAAGCCAGUUUUUCAUCACUUUUGCAGCGGCGCCGCACCUCGAUGGAACGAGCACUGUAUUUGGGAAGGUUUUGAAUCUAACGGCACAAGACGAGGGAGGUGACAUUCUGACGAAGCUGGAAAAGGCGAAUGUUAAGGUUGAUAAGAAGGGAAGGGUUGUUCAACCUAAGGAAGGUGAAGAGACAGAGUAUGAGGCGUUUCGGAUCAACAAGGUGACGAUUCAUGCAAAUCCGUUCGCUACAUGA